AUGAGAAAAAAUUCAAACGGUGGAGAAAGCAAAAAGGGGAAACAUUUCUCAGAGAAGGAAAAUAAAAAUUGCAGCAAAAGUGAGAAAGUGGAAAAGGCCUCAAUGGAAAAGGCCUCAAUGGAAAAGGCCUCAAUGGAAAAGGCCGCAAUGGAAAAGGCCGCAGUGGAAAAAGCGGCAGUGGAAAAAGCGGCAAACGAUGUUGACAACAAUUUAAGUUAUAAAAAAUUAAGAAAAAGAUUGAACAAUUUAAAUUAUAAGGGGUCCUUAUGCCUGUCCUGCACACCAUUAGUGCAAAUAAUUUUUGAUGAUCUGAUUCAGGCCAUUCAGAAUUUUCAAAAGCUGUCGGAUAAGUAUGAAGACUCGCAGAAGAGAUACAAAGAGUUGGUAAAUGAGACGAGAAAGAACAACUCUCAUUUGGAGACAAAAGAGAGAGGGGAUGGAAAAAUCGGCAGCAAUUUGUUCUUGAGCGGGGAGUACGGAGAGGGGGACGACACGCAUGAUCAGGUAGGUGCUGGAGUUGUCCCUAAUGAGUCAAGCCAAACCGCUCAGAAUGAGCAGAGCCUAUCCGCAGCAUCCAAACAGUACGAAUGCAAAAUUUCGGAAUUGUGCAAACAAGUGGAGGAGGAAUGUAAGUUGAAAGAGAACUAUAUGAAGGAAAAUAAAAAGUUGAAGCUCACCUUGGAGAUGCUACAAAAUGAGAAGAAAGGAAAAUUUGAUGAAUCCACGGAGGACGUAUCUGGUGAUGACUUCUCUUCCUUUAACAACAGAACGAAAUCAUUUGACGAUUUUGAAAUUGACAAAAUUAAGAAAAAGGAAAAGAAGUUAUGUCAAAUGGGAAGCAGCCUAAUCAACGAACACACCAUAUCGUUAGGAAAAGAAUUAUCCUACUACAAGAAUUUAUGUAAAGAGUUCAAAGUGGAGAUAGACCGCAUGCGGAAGGAUAGCGAUGGUGAGGGAAAGAAUGGGGAGCAUAAUACUGACGGGCAGCCACAGGAUGGGGAUCAUCUCACAGAGGGAGAAAACAAAAGCGGUUCUACGGGGCAAAAUGGGAAGGAAUCUCCCGUUGGGGCCGAACUCCUAGUGGAACAGAAAAACACAGAAAUAAAGUACCUGAAGAAACGAUUAAGUGAGUACGAAAUUGAAAUCAGAAAAUUGAACGAACUGAGGAUGAUCAAUGAUAUUAAGGAGCAGAAGGAGUCCAACGAUGACGAGUCGGCAUGUGAAAGCGCUCCAAGUGAACAUCUCAACAGGGAGCUCACGAUGUGUACCUUCGAUCCGGAUGGGGAUACCCUAAGUGGGGAUGUGCAGACGAAAAAUGGAGGCUCUGUGAGGAAGGACAGCGACUUAAGUAAAAUGGUAAAAUCGAGAAACAGAGAAAUUUAUCAUCUCAAAAAUAGGGUAAAACUGUUGGAGACGGAAUUGCAGAUGAAGAACGAGGAGGAGAAGAAGUAUGAGAAGCUGCAUCGGGUGGAUGAUAACAGAGGUGGGGAACUUCAAAAGGAUAGGGCCUCCAACGUGAGGGAUGAAAACCGAUCGGAUAAUUCCAGCGAGGGAGACGAAGCGGUGAUGAAGCGAAGAAACCUUGAAAGAGAACUACACGAAUUGCACUCCGUUUUGGAAACACUGAAAGUAGAACUGAAGGAAGAAAAAAAGACGAUAAAGGAACUAAAAAAUUUAGAAAAACAAAUAAAAGUGAAAGAAAGUGAAUUUAAUCUGAACAAGAAUACCAUAAAUAAUCUGAAAUUAGAGUCAGCCGAAUUUAAUAACAUCAUGUCUUUUUCGAACGAAACGAAGAAACACUUGACAGAGUAUAUUCACAAUUUGCUAAAUAAGUUGAGCGAAGCAAAUGACAAAAUUGACGAGCUGAAGGAUGGAAACAUACUACAAAAGCAGAAAAUAGAAGUCUAUAAAAAUGAAAUAAAAAAGUUAAAGGAGGAUUUGAUAGAUUCCAGCAAUCAGAUAGACGAAUUCGCAUCCCUAUUGGAUAAAAAGGAUGAAGUUAUCCAAAGUUUUAAGGAAAAGCUAGAAAAUGUGAACAAACAGUAUGGAGAUCUCACCAUACAAUACAAUGAAGUGUUAAAGGAAAAUAAAAAUUUACAGAUAACGAAUUCAUCUCAUAAUGCCAACAGUACCUUAAUCAUUCAACAAUUACAGCAGGAAAUUCACUUGCUAAAUGUAACAAAUAGUCACUUGAAAAAAAUCGAAGAUGACUAUAAAAUUAUUUUACAAGAAAAAACGAUAAUAGAAGACGCAGCAAUAAAGAUCCAAUCGGAAUUGAAAAAGUCCGUUGAUAAAAUUAAAAACUUAGAGACCUACAUACAGACGCUGUCAAUAGAGAUUGCCAACUUGAAGGCACAAAGGGAUGAUUCACUAGAUGCACUCACCAAAGUAGCCAUCGACAAAACACAAUACGAAAAUGAAAUCAUACAAAGCAAAAGCAUUAUACACGAUUUGAGGAAACAACUUAGCGAAUACGAAAACAAUGUCAAAUAUGUCCAAAAUAACAUUAGCGAAAUAAAUAAAAUGCAUCUGCAGAAGGAGGAACAAGAAAUUAUCUUAAAAAAUGAAAUUAAAUCGUUGAGGGAAAAUUUAAACGAAAAAACUAUCAAGUUGGAACUCCUCCAAGAAAAGGAAAACAAAUUCGAACAGAACACCAUGGCGUAUAAUGAAUUCCACAUGGAAGCGCAGAAGAAAUAUAACUCCUAUGAAAAAAUGAUUCAACGGUUGAAGAAAGAAAUCGACGAGCUGACUAUAAACAAUAAUGAUAAUAUUAUCAUUAUCGAAAAAUUGAAAAGUGAGUUGGACACUCAUCAGAAGAAUAACGUGUGCGAUUUUUCGAAGACAUUUUUUCGUAGCGCAGAGGAGUUGGUACGUGUUGGUGGAGUUGGUGCCCCUUCCGAAAAGGAUGCUCACAUAGACAGGGAGGGAUUCCCAAAUAGGCAUUCAGAGAGUGACCCCGCAAGGGAAGAAAGGAAGGAAGAAAAGAGCGGCACACCGAAGGAAGGAUUCUACCAACUGAACUGCACUAAUAAUGAGAACUCAAAAGAGGAAAACGAAAUGUAUGACUACGAUGACGACUUUACCAUCUUUAUCAACUCGAAUAAAAAUAGUUUUGGCAAAAAAUAUAAAAAUGGCACAGAGGAUAGACAAGAAAUAAAAAUAAGGGACGAUGAGGAAGAUGGAAUUAUAGACAGCCUGAACGACCUGCUCGAUGGAGAAGGGGUUAAUGAACUCAGUUUGACCAACAAGAAGAUGAAGGACGAUGCAAGCAACCUAGGUGACAGCAACGAAAAUGAUCACUACGAUGAGAAGUUAGAUUCUAUGGGAAGAAACGACAAAUCAGGGAAUGACCAAAGGCUGCAAGAAUCCGAGAGCUCUUCCAACAGUAGAAGUUUUAAUAUGGAUUUCCUCUCCUUCAGUAAGAAGGACAAAAGGAAGAAGGGUGCGACAAGGGGAGGCCCGAACCGGGGCAAUGAUCAAUCGACGGCCACAUUGAAGGGGCUGACUUUGUCAGCUCUAAACAGCGCGAGUAACAAUAAUAACGACGGCGGUAAGAGCGGAAGUUGGAGGAAGGGAGGGAAAAGCUCCCACAUCGGUCGCAGUGGAAGUCGCGGAGGGAGUAGCAGCAGCAGAAGCAACACUAGAAGAAGCAGUAGAAGCAGCAGCCGCGCCACCGUGCCCAGGGACAAACUGCGCGACAACCUGGACGAGUACUGCGGAAGCGAAAACUCCUCGUCCUACCUGGGCAACCACGACGUUUCCCUGUUUAACAGCUCCAAGAUAAAAGAUAUUUUCAAUUUGAAGUCGAUCAACAAGGGGGCUAAAAAUGGCCACUCCAAGGAUCAAAACAAAUUUGUCAGGGGAAUGUCCCAAGUGAGCGGCACAAAUAAAAACAACACAUACGACAUAAAUGGUAGUAAGUAUAAGACGGACAAGAGAACCAGGAAGGAAUCUUACGAAGAUAUCCUGUUCGACUUUAAGCGCAAUUGGUCUCUGAGGGAGGACGAGCCUAGGGGGGAAGUCACCAGUGGGGGAGGUGCAAGAAGGGGUUCGCAAAAUGGUUCAAAGAGUGGUCCAAAAAGUGGUCAAAAAAGUGGUCCAAAAAGUGGCCAAAAAAAGGAUCCACAAAAUGGUCUAAAAAAUAACCCACCGAAUGAAUAUCGUGGGGACGACUCGGACUCCCCCCCACAUGAUAAAACAUAUGACCAAAAGGAGAAAACGAAUAAGAUAAAAAAUAGACAAAUUGGAAAGGAUGAUUAUCGAACUAAAUACCCCGCGUACAACACCGACGAGGAUGAUGAGGCGGACAAUUAUGUGGAUGUAGAAGGGAGGGGAAAAGAUAGUAACUAUCGAAGAAAUCAAUUACAAAAAUCGAAUUAUGACACAAAAAAUUUAAAAAAUAGCGCAGAUUAUCCUUUGAAGAAGAAGGCAUCGCGCAAAAUUACUACACUGCAAAUGUCCAGCAGUAAGAACAAGUUUAAGGACUAUCCAAGUGGAAAUAAAAAAAAGAGUGACCUUGCUGAUUAUAAUUCCCUAAUGAGCACAUCAAGGAAUAAGGAAAGCAACAGGGCAUCCAAAAACUUUAUUGGUACACGUGGAAGAACAAACGAGGGAGACAAUGGCAAGGACGAUUAUAACGAUGACGAAGGGGAUAAAAGGAGUUACAAUUUUAUUUCUCAAACGAGUUACGAGGCUAAUAGUAACACUAGCAGCAUCCUGCUUGACUCAGUCAGUUCCGACUUUGCACAGAGUAGCAGCGUAGACCAGUAUAACCAUUCUGGUCAAAAGAAACCAAGUGAGCCAUUAAAUUAUUUAAAUUUCAAAAAGGAGUCAGAUUAUAACAACAUUUUGUACAGCUCGAACGAUUCGCAUAUUUUGAGUGGAGCCAAUAGAUUGGGAGGGCCAAUCUCUUAUGGCAAAAAUGGAGGGGGAGAAAAACAUGGAAGGGUCGACAAAAAGGACAUGGUAGGAACAACCAGUGAUAGCAGCCCGAAUGGCAACAGAAAAGAGUUGAUAGAUAGGGAAGAGGGAGGAAAUAAUUCCUACAGAAAUAUGAGCUCCCCCUUUGGAGAAAAAAUCAAUAACAAAUUUGAGAAGGCACACAUCAAGGAAGCCGACGUGGAGAGUAACCCUAAAAAGGAACAAAUGAAUAAUAACCCCCCAAAUAAUCAAGAUCUAUACAAUAAAUAUAUGGGCGUUUUACAAAGUUUAAAGAGCGAAGAAAUGGAUGCAUCUGUGAACACAACGAAUAAUGUAACCAUCGAUUUAACCAACGACUUUAGCAAAACGCAGGAGAAUUCCACCUCCAUUUUGUCGUCCUCCAAAACGUUGCAGAAGGAUAGCGUGUUUAGCAAUAUAUCCAAAUUUAAAUUUAAUGAAGAGUUGCACGAGUAUAAUUGUGACCCCCUAACGAUUAUCAAACCGAUCGAAGAUUCAAACCGGGAGCCAUACUAA